GGGUGAAUCAAACAUGUCUCCGUGCGUCGUCUGAACUGGAAAAGUUUUGAUUUUCGACAAUAACGUCAGAAAUCGCAAUUUUUAAAUCAGUGCGUCAUUAUUGCGGACUCUACCCUGAAAAACAGCCAAAGCUCAUCAAAUAUGGACACCGACUCCAACAGUGACCUGGAUGAAGAAUUCCCAGUGUUCCUCACGAAACCAAUGCAGCCACUAAGCCCCGCCCCACCCCACCGACAGCCAAUCAAAUCUGCCCGCUCUGAUGUUAUGACCAUAAGCAGCGACUCUGAUGACGACGCUCCGUACGUACCCCUGGCCCUUCGUCUCAAACAGCAGCAGGAUGCGAGGAGAGUUAUUCCUUUGUGUAUUCCGGAAACUUCACCAAAUGGCUUUACUGAAAUAGUCCAUCUUCAACACCCAAACGGCCAAGUUGGUCAAAGUCCAGUUAAGUCCAAGGCUCCUCCGAAACGGUCAGUGGAGGAGAUCCAGAAGUCCAAUGAGGAGGCCCAGAGGAGGAAGCAGGCUCGAGAAAAGAAGCAGACGGAGAGAGAGGAGCAAAGGAGACGCAGGGAGGAGGAGAAGGCCCAGAGAAGGGCUAUGGCAGAUGCAGUCAAAGCGCUGCGGCCAGAAGAGUGCAUCAAAUACAUGGUAGCAGUGGUAGACCCAGGUCUCCUACAGCUGGAGGGUGGGGGAGCCCUGCUCUCCUCUCUCCAGGCUCUGGGCUGCACCUGUGCCAUCGAGAAGCAGCCCCUCCCUCGCAGUGUGGGCUGGAGGAGAAGGACUCCUGGUGCUCAGGCUGCAGAUGGAGACUGUGUGCAGGAGAACGAUGUGGUGAUCCAGAUGACUGUGGAUGACUUCAUCAGUCUGAGCCACAACUACAUUCAGGAGGAGCGCACAGGCAGGGCAGAGUGUGGGCGAACCCUCACUUCAUGGGUACAAGAGCUACAGAGGAGACACCCGGAGAAGAUCCUCAGUCUGGUUGUCCUAGGACUGGAGCAGUACUUCAGGUCACACAAGGCCCAGAGCCAGAAGAAGCUGAGGGAAGCAGUGAUAGGAGAGGAACAGGGAGGAGCCAAGAGGAAAAAGAAGAACGGAGCAGCCAAUACUCUGCCAGAGCUCAGCCGAGUGGAGGUGGAGGAGGCCGUGGUCCACCUGCAGCUGCACACCGGGGUCUGCGUGCGCUUCCUCUCCACCUGGAAGGACUUCACUGAGCACGUCACCAUGGCAACCAAGGCCAUCGCCGAGGCCCCUUUCAAGCGCGAGCGGGACAACAGCGGCUUCUCUUUCUACCUGGAAAGUGAGUGGGCAGGGGGACAGAAGGUGGAGCGCAGUGGGAGGGGUCUUCUACAGGUGUGGAAGAGGCAGGUGCAGCAGCUCCACAGGGUCAGUGUGGAUAUGGCAUCAGCUGUGCUCGCAUCCUACCCCUCGCCCAGGCUUCUAACACAGGCCUACAGCUCGUGUCGGACAGAGAAAGACAAGGUGGCAUUGCUAUCGGAGAUCCAGAUCCGGCGAGGAGAGGGGGUGACGUCCACAGUGCGCAGAGUGGGCCCAGAGCUGUCCAAGCGCCUGUGUGUGCUCCUGACGAGCCCAGACCCUGAGCAGACCCUCGGCUCCAACGCAUAGAGCCAGACACCAUGGGACUGUGGUGUACUAUGCAUGGUUUUAUGCUUUCUGUUUGUAAGCAGCCAUUUUGAGGACUAUGUUUUGUUUCAAAUUGAUGUGACAAAAAAUUGGAUCAUUACCAUAACAAACAGUCAUAGUGUUUUACAGUCUUGCAUAUAAUAGGGACAAAAGUGAUAUUCUAGGAACUUUAGAACAAAAAAAUGCCCUUUUGAACUGAGUUUUCUUCAAAGAGGGGGUAUUAUGCAACACUGAUUUUUUUAUGCAACAUUGAUUUUUGGAGCUUUCUACCAUGUUAUAACAUUGUUCAAACAUCAAAAACAUGCUUGAAGUGAAAUCAAAAGCAAAACUAAAAAUGAAGCAUGUUUUGGCAACCAUUGCAUUUUCAAAACAAUAAAAGGUGUUGGGAAGAAUACUUUGAAAAUGUAUUUAUUUAAGUACAGAAUACUGAAUACCUGCAUGAAUAUGAUUUUGUAACGUAUUCCGUUACCAGAGUACUGUAUUCUGAAUACUUUUUAAGUUGCAUUUAUAGUGUAGUGUAAAAUACCUGACAUAUAAUUACAAACACCUUUAUUUUUGUUGCUAUGUGUUAAUUUAUGUCCAAAUAGAGAUGAAAAAAACACAUAUUGCAAGAGCAGUGUUUUCUUUUUUCUCACCAAUACCAUGCAGUUCAAAGCCAAAAUUGUCUUUUCUAAAAUCAAGAAACACUUGAUCACACAGUGACUAAUAAUUAGUAUUUCGGUACAUGUAGUUAGUUACUUACCGACACUGAUGGUAACAUGGUGAUUUAAAUACGUAAUGUGUUAACAAUUAAUACCCCAUACAAGUGUAAUAUCCCCUCGUUAAAGGUGCACUAUGUAACUGGAGAUGUCAUUUAUUUUGCAUGGAAUAUCCACAGUAUGGCAUUAAACAUAUCCAUAGAGAAGUAAGAAGGCAUGUUUUUGUUGUAUGUUACAGUAAUAAAAACACCUCUAACUGAAUAAAUGCCAGAUAGAGAAAUGCCAUAUUGUGGAACAUUCCAGGCAACGCAAUAACAUCUCUAUGGAGACAAGCAGGUGGCAGACCCUCUACCAGAAACGUUUUAAAAUUUUGGCCUAAAAGCUCCAUCUUUACACACUCUACAUACAUUCUUUACCCAUUAAUCAGUGAUAUGUAAAUGAGACAAUUAUGAAUGUAACUGUAAAGGAAGUUGCAUCAUUUUUAACUGACUUUUCAGGUAUUUUAAGUGUUUAUUAUGGCAGUUUAAUGUCAGUGUUUUGUUUGUGUGUGUGUUGACACGUUUUGACAGUGGAUUGUUCUCAUCAUAGCUUUCAUUUGAGCAGUAUUAAUACUUUGGAGCUGAUGUCAUCAACACUCUGGGGGUGUGAUGCUAACUGGAUGCAUUGCUCUGUCUGAAGCUCUGUUAGAUUUUAAUCUGAGCUUUAUUUGAACACAAUCUGACUACAAAGAGCUGACUUAGUUGGAACUACAGCAGCGUGUGACAUAAAAUUACAGUCACAAGCUUGCUAGCAUUAGCCAGCUGUUUUCAGUUACUCACACUCACAUUUUUUGGUGAAAAUCAAACACCUAAACAAGACCAUGAACACUCGUAUUCAUCAGACUCAUGAAAAUGUGUUAUUUGCAUCAAUUUUUUCUUGAGUUUUUAGACAGUCUCAAAACCUUUUUCACAGUGUUUGCUAAUGUGUGCAUUGUGUCUCCAUGAUAAUAGUUGAACAUUCCACCAUAGAGAUAUAUGUAGAACACCCCAGCAUGACGUCACUGC